CCAGCCCAGCAACUCCCCCGGGCGUGGCAAGGGUCCUACGCCAGCCCUGCCCAGUGUUGAGACCUGGUCCAGCAGGGUCUGCAGCCUGCCCAGAGCAGCCAGGAGGAUGUCUCAUACUUAACCCUCAGCAGGCUGCCUGGCUACAGGGCUGGUAGGGCCUGGAGAAGCCGUCCUGAGGUUGCUUGGAGUCUGGGAAAGGCCAUCGGGAGCAGGCUUGGGCAGGAAGCCGAGCCCCCGGGGAGCUGGGAGCUGCGGUUCGGUGUCCAGCCAGUCACGUCCUGCGUAAGGGGGGGGGGGUAGCCUGGACCCGCGGAUAUUUGGGGAAGCGUCCCAGUUCUAGGCGCUUCCAGUGACUCCCUUGCACAAGUGACUUCUGGGCCCAGUUCUGGGGCAAAGAUGCCUGCCCUUCACAUCGAAGAUCUGCCGGAAAAGGAAAAGCUGAAGAUGGAGGUUGAGCAACUUCGCAAAGAAGUGAAGUUGCAGAGACAACAGGUGUCUAAAUGUUCUGAGGAAAUAAAGAACUACAUUGAAGAACGUUCUGGAGAGGAUCCUCUGGUAAAGGGAAUUCCAGAAGACAAGAAUCCCUUCAAAGAGAAGGGCAGCUGUGUCAUUUCCUAAGUAACUCUGGGGGAGGGAAACUCUGUUCUCAGUUGGGACAGAUUCUUCUUUUGUUUCAUUUUUACCAAAUGAAGCCAAAGUGUGUGUUGAAGAAUUGAGAAAAAUGAAAUCGAGAAAAAGACUGUCAUAUAAACAUUCUCCAACUAGUUUAUUAUGAAACAUAUCUGCUUCUCACCAUGGCUCCCCACACCCCCUCAGAGGAGAGCAUCUGAAGGCAUGUCUCCCCCUUUCAGUAUACUGCUUGCUGUCUCCAAUAAAGUUUUAUCUUGGAAGAAUCA